UACCGCUAGCACUGCGACCCUCCCCGAAGAUACGACUAUGCUAUUAAAGCCUGUAGAGGCUGCGAUUCAACUCGCGAAGUACAGUUUGGAUUUACAGUAAACACCCAACAACAACAAAAACAAAAAAACAAAAACCCCAACGAUUGACGGGCAUCUCUACGCGAUGCUGGGGAUCAAUUCGCAGGACACGGAACUCGCAUGCGGAGCCAAGACCUGUCAGAUUAGAUGAGAUAGUAUGAAAGGAAUGAGUACGAUGAAUGUUGUCCAAACUAUUUAGACGAGAUUCGGGUUUCAUAGCGGCAAAGAUAAGCCUUUAUCCUGGUUGGCAUGAAACAAGCGUCGUGGAUGAUGAGGACACAGUGAUAAUACUUAGAAUCAGGUAGAUCUCUUAACGAAGAUUAAUGACUACUCCAUGGUUGAAUUCACAAUAUGGGCUUUCGGGGCUACAAAUAUGCAAUCUCUAGAGUGUACUUGCCAAAAAGAAGCAGGUUUGAGUUCAAACUCUCAACUUUCUUCGGUUCCGAAAAUCGAAAUAUGUUCCUCAAAAAAGAAAGCUAGUAACCUACUCACGGCCACAUCGAAGUUAGAAACAAUAUUCAUGCUGCACCGAUGUUUCUCAAUACUGACCACGGCGGCCAGGCAUCUAAAAGAACUUCAGAAGGAGUCUCAUCACAGAUUCUGCACACCAACUACCGCUCCCAUCAUGGCCGACAACAACAAUAAGAACGACAAAACUGAGAAGACAACUUUGCUGCAGCUCAUUGCAGUCAACGAUAGUUAUCCCUAUAACGCCUCGUCUUUCGACCCACUUUACCGCCUUUAUCUGCCCAGGGAUGACCGACCCCAUGGCUAUCUACUACCGGAGGUUGUAGAGAAGAUGCCAUGGACUAAAGAUUUCAAGAUCACGCACGAGAACCCAAGGAGAGUCGAUGUUUUGGACAGCUCCGACGGCAAAGAUACGUCAGCAGCCUGCAACAAAGCGCUCGCUAAGGUGGUUACAGCCUGCCAGGAGAAAGAUCUCUUCAACCUGAAGGGCGAGCAAUACGAGGAGUUCGCGAUCGUAGGCGUCCAGUAUCCCGUCCGUCUCUUCAGGUAUGCUGCAUCCCUGUUCGGCAUCAUCAGUCAAGGUGCCCAUCUUACUGCAUACAUCCGUACAUCAAGCGGGUUGAAGAUCUGGGUCCCUCGUCGAAGUCCUACGAUAAGUACAUUCCCCAACAAGCUGGACAGCACCGUCGCCGGUGGCAUCUCCGCCGAGGACACGCCAUUUGAGACUAUCAUUCGAGAAGCAGAAGAGGAAGCGUCUUUGACCGAAGAUCUCACUCGACGAGAUGUUCUGUCGGCAGGAGUGCUCACGUACAUCACUUUGCUCGAGCAGGGUCAGGGGGAAGUUGGAGGUCUUGUCAAGCCGGACAUGGUUUAUGUAUACGACUUGGAGCUUUCUGAAGAUGUGAUCCCAAAGCCACACGAUGGCGAGGUUAAGGAGUUUUACCUCAUGACGCCUGACGAGAUCAAAACAGCAUUGCUUCGGAAGGAGUUCAAGACGAACUCUGCGGCUGUUAUGAUCGAUUUCUUCAUCAGGCAUGGAAUCAUCACAGCCGAUAAUGAGCGCGAUUACACCGAGAUGAGCAUGCGUCUCCAUCGUACUCUUCCAUUUGCCACUGCACCACGGCUAUGA